AUGGAGUCGGAAGGCAAAACUGAUCGUCAGCUGAAUAAAGCUACUUCCGUCUCAACUGGUGAAAGGAUGAAGAAGAGAUCACCUUCAGUGAUAGUGAUUGGAGGUGGUAUGGCUGGGAUUUCAGCUGCUCGCACUCUUCAAGAUGCUUCCUUUCAGGUUGUGUUAUUGGAGUCCCGAGACAGAAUUGGUGGUCGAGUUCACACCGAUUACUCAUUCGGUUUUCCUGUUGAUUUGGGUGCAUCUUGGUUGCAUGGUGUUUGUAAAGAGAAUCCUUUGGCUGCAGUGAUCGGGAGAUUAGGAUUACCUCUUUAUCGUACUAGCGGUGACAAUUCGGUCUUGUAUGAUCACGAUCUUGAGAGUUAUGCUCUAUUCGAUAAAGCUGGUAACCAAGUUCCUCAGGAGUUGGUAACAAAGGUUGGCGUAAAUUUUGAGCACAUUCUUGAACAGAUCUGUAAAGUCAGGGAUGAGCAGGUUGAAGACAUGUCAAUAGCUCAAGCCUUUUCUAUUGUAUUCAAGAGAUAUCCUGAAUUGAGGUUGGAGGGGCUUGCCCAUAAUGUGCUUCAGUGGUACUUGUGCCGCAUGGAAGGAUGGUUUGCUGCUGAUGCUGAAACCAUCUCGGCAAAGUGUUGGGACCAGGAAGAGCUGUUGCCCGGUGGACAUGGUCUUAUGGUUAGAGGGUACCGUCCUGUCAUCAACACUCUUUCAAAAGGUCUUGAUAUUCGACUAAGCCACAGGGUUACCAAGAUUGCAAGGCGAUACAAUGGAGUGAAGGUGACUACGGAGAAAGGAGACACGUUUGUUGCUGAUGCUGCAGUCAUUGCGCUUCCUCUUGGAGUCCUAAAGUCAGGAAUGAUAGAAUUCGAACCAAAGCUUCCAGAGUGGAAACAAGAAGCUAUCAACGAUCUCGGAGUAGGAAUAGAGAACAAGAUCAUACUGAACUUUGACAAUGUGUUUUGGCCAAAUGUGGAGUUUCUUGGAGUGGUUGCAGAAACCUCAUACGGAUGCAGUUAUUUCUUGAACCUGCACAAAGCCACAAGCCAUCCUGUUCUUGUGUACAUGCCAGCUGGUCAGCUAGCUAGAGACAUCGAGAAGAUGUCUGAUGAAUCAGCUGCCAAUUUUGCUUUCUCUCAACUCCAGAAAAUUCUUCCUGAUGCAUCUUCACCGAAAAAUUAUCUGGUGUCAAGGUGGGGAUCAGACAUCAAUUCAUUAGGAUCAUAUAGCUAUGACAUAGUGAACAAACCUCACGACCUCUACGAGAGGCUGAGAGUGCCAUUGGAUAACCUAUUCUUUGCAGGGGAAGCGACAAGCUCGAGCUUCCCAGGAUCAGUGCACGGUGCUUAUUCAACCGGACUGCUUGCUGCUGAAGACUGCAGGAUGCGUGUGCUUGAGCGCUAUGGAGAGCUUGAACAUGAGAUUGAAGAAGAUGCUCCUGCCUCUAUCCCGCUUCUAAUCUCCCGUUUGUAA